GAGUUCAUGCUAGCACCCUGUGGCAUCUGGUCAUUAGGCUGCGCCGCAUCAAGGCCGAAGAUAAGUCGUGCUUCCAUACCGAGCCUUCUGUUCAUGUCAUAACUAUCUGCAUUCGCUCUCCUUGCUACAUCCUUUGGUUCGAUUAAUCAAGCUGAUUUGCCCGCCAUGUUCCGGGCACAACAAAAUACAUUCGACGAUGCCGUUGCCAAGGCCACCGAUGAAAACCUGACCUCCGAGAACUGGGAAUACAUCCUCGACGUGUGCGACAGAGUCUCGUCCAGCGAGAGCGGGAGCAAAGAUGUCGUGGCCGCCAUGAUCAAACGGCUGGCGCAUCGUAAUGCCAAUGUCCAGCUCUACACCCUAGAGCUUGCCAAUGCGUUGUCGCAAAAUUGUGGGAUUCAGAUGCACAGGGAACUGGCAAGUCGGAGUUUCACUGAGGCUUUGUUGCGUUUGGCGAAUGAUCGAAAUACGCAUCAACAAGUCAAAUCCAAGAUAGUGGAAAGGAUGGAGGCCUGGACCAAAGACUUCUCGAGUAAUACCGAGUUGGGCAUCAUGGAGCAGGCAUAUAUGAGAUUGAAAGCACAGAAUCCCAACCUCCAACCCCCUCAAGCCCCCGUCAAGAGUGCAAUCACAGAUUGGGACAGACGGAGAGAAGAGGAAGAAUUGCAAAUGGCUCUCAAACUCUCCAUUCAAGACAAAUCCGCUGCCGGUCCCUCCAGCCAACCCUCUGGCGGUCCAGCGGAGUUAGCAGCCCAGCCACCAGGCAGUGUUCCACAGCAGGCAGAGCAUCAGGCGGUGCCCUCAGGUACGACCGCUGCCACCGUUUCGCGGGUACGGGCCCUCUUCGACUUUCAACCUUCGGAACCCGGCGAGUUGCAAUUCCGCAAAGGCGACGUAAUUGCCGUUCUUGAAUCCGUAUACAAAGACUGGUGGAAGGGCUCUUUACGCGGCCAAACGGGAAUCUUCCCCCUCAACUACGUCGAGAAGCUACAAGACCCCACUCCCGAGGAAUUGCAGAAAGAAGCACAAAUGGAGGCAGAGGUGUUUGGGCAGAUCAAGAAUGUCGAGAAACUGCUCGCCCUUCUAAGCACGAGCACGGGGGACAUGAACGUGCGAGACAACGAGGAGAUUACCGAGUUGUACCACAGCACGUUGGCGAUUCGGCCCAAGUUAAUUGAGCUGAUUGGGAAAUAUACGCAAAAGAAAGACGAUUUCCAGCAACUCAACGAGAAAUUCAUCAAGGCACGCCGCGAUUAUGAAGCCCUUUUGGAGUCAUCCAUGGCACAGUCCGCCGCACAAUACGCUCGUCCUGGCCCUGCAGCAUACGGAUACGGGCCUGCAGGAGGCGGCCCGCCAGUUCAACAGGGUUAUCCGCCUCAAAGAUUCUACACGCCUGAUGGCCAACCACCCAACAACGCUGUACCCUACGCUUCAAACCAGCAACAGCAACAGCAACAACCAGCCUUUCAGCCUCCGUAUCCGGUGGCCUCGCCACCGCCUCAGAGCCAGACUCCCUCAAAUCAAACUCAACCUCCCCCUUCUCAAGUGCCCGAUAACUACGCCUCUUACCCAAAUGCAGCACAAGGACCACUCCGUCGUCAAUCACAUCCUCCACCUUCAGAUCCUUACGCGGGGUACCCUCCACCCAACGACGGUUCUGCUCCUCCAGGACGUCAACCGUACCCAGCAAUCCAACCGCCGAAUGUAGCACAGUUACAGUAUGCAGACGAAGGGAAAGAUUAUUCACCUUCAAACUACUCAACUGAGGAUCUCAGCCACCAACAUCUGCCAACAACAUCACAGCCUCCCCCAGGGCCUCCACAGCCAUAUCCACCGCAACAAGGAAUGCCACCCUCGCAGCCUCCAUCCUCACAAUAUCCACCAUCUCAGCCACCCGUGUCGUACGAUUAUCCAGUCCCGCCCGUCAGCUCUCCGCCCCCGGCUCCAAGUCACGUCCCUCCUCCAGUCCCUGUCGAUCCCGCGCAGAGGCCUAUCACGCCGCUACCACAAAGCUCGGCUUAUCCAGUGUUUUCACCUACGCAGGCACAUGCGAAUCCGCAGUAUCAAGCGUAUAGUCAGAGGCCCACAAGUUAUUACAGAUAAAUGCGGCAGUGGUGAUCAGGGAUUUGCGACGAGUUUAGAGGAAGGGAACAGCCGUUUGAUGCACCGCAUUCAUGAUUUUGACGGACCUAGCAACAGGCCAGGAUCCCAUUUGACCUCGGGUUGCAGUAAGAGGAGUCAUAAUGCACAAUUUAUGGGGAUACAUGCAGAGCCUUGCUUCCCUCCGUCCCCUUCGUCAAUCCGUGGUUCCCUCUUCUGCCCUGCAAGACUUGGAAUGUGCUGUAGAAGCAAUGGCGUCCACUGGCUUUCCAGAAGCAGGAAGACACUCGCAUCGCGAUGAGAGCGAGAAUCUGGGUCUGUGCAUUGGAAGCCCAGGCGUGGAAGUCUUCAACGUCGGCUGCCUGGCCGAUGGUAAACAAUAUCGAAACGCGCGGGAAACGACCAGGAGGAGUAAAGGGGGGAGUUUGGUUCCAGGGCAUUUUAUGGCGUUUGCGUAGGCCCACGUCGUAAGUGCGAUACGAUGCUCACGGUGGCAUGUGUGUGGUGGACUCUAGGCCAACAAUGGCCCUGCCACGACAGAAGGUUCCUUUACGACGGUCGACCAUGUCGAACCCCCUCCUCUCCAAGCAACCUCCAAACGAAGAGGAUUGUCAUGGAUAUCCCGCGGCGAUCGAUUUCCGUGGCCAUCGAGCUCUCCGCUUGGCUCAGCAUCAAGCACCCACGAGAUACGCUCAGCGGCCACCGUUCGGAUGGGGAAGUUGGAAGGAAGAAGGUCCAAGGGUCGAAAAAGAUGACUGCAAUUGAAGCUCAAGUCUUUCCCACGUUUUGAAACCUCGAAAAAUCGCUCGCAAGCCCCAUGUUCAUCGGCGCUCUCGAUACCUGGUUAUUUUGGAGCCCCUAGUCGUGUGUGUCGUUUCUAUACACACCCGUACUUACCGACGGGCUUCGUCCGUGCAUCUAUCUCUUCCAUUUCACCCGAUCCGAUCAAUUCUGAAGCCUGCCCCUGGGGCACGUAGCCUUUCUUAUAGCCCCUCUUCGGGCUGGCAAAAGCCUAGCCGUGUACGAGUAUUUCUGUACG